GUCUACUUUUGUGAAGGGGCAAUAAUGAAAGAAUACCUAGCAUAUCAAUCAACUUUCUACUACGCUAGUUACACCUCCGUAUAUAAAUUGUUGCUCGUCUUCAGUCUUUCGUUAUCUUUUGUUUCUUUUAUGGUCAGUUGACCAUCAAGCCGAGUACUCUCAAUGGCAACACAAAGCCCCACGGAAACUACCCCACUACUCAACCCACCACCAGAACCCCAAUCUGAGAUCCUCUAUCCCAAUGGCGAUACCUCGACUACCAAUUUGGCUGUCCCAGACGAUCCCUCUACCCUCUAUGUAUGGAUCCUCAUGAUCGGACCCUUCCUGUCCGCCUUUGUAGCAGCUGUUGAUUCCUCCAUGAUUGCUACACUAUCAUCACCUAUAACCUCCUCAUUUGGUUCAUUAUCUCAUCUUCCAUGGCUUGCUUCUGCCUACUUCAUAGCCAAUGCUGCGGUUCAGCCUUUGUCUGGAAAACUUACUGAUAUUUACGGGAGACGGAGCGGUCUUGUACUCGCCAACAUUGUGUUUGCAUUGGGAAAUUACAUGUGCGCAAGUGCGAAAACGGAAUGGGUAUUGAUCGCCGGUAGAGUGGUAGCAGGAUUAGGGGGAGGAGGAAUUAUGGCCAUUGCCACUUUUCUCUUGUCGGAUCUAGUACCUCUGAGAGAUAGGGGUAUGUGGCAAGGCAUUGGAAAUAUGAUAUUAGGCGUAGGAUCCGGUAUUGGUGGUGUGCUUGGAGGAUGGAUUAAUGAUUCUCUAGAUUGGAGAGCUACAUUUUUAUUGCAGAUUCCCGUCACGCUGUUGGCUACGAUAUGGACAUGGUUCACUAUACGUAUACCCACUGUAGAUGAUGGAGAGGGAAAACCAAAGCUCAAACGGAUUGAUUAUUUGGGUUCAAUCAGUUUAUUCACAACACUCGUUACAUUGCUUCUUGGUAUGAGUGCUGGAGGUAACACAGUAUCCUGGACCAGUCCUAUCGUUCUAAUCAGUCUUCCUCUAUCCUUGAUAUCCCUCUUGGUUUUCAUCAUCACCGAACUCAAAUACGCCAAAGAACCAAUCAUACCCCUUCCUCUCCUCUGUGAUCUAUCCGUUGCAGGCGGCUGUCUCACAAAUGCCUUCUCCUCCGCCUCCCGCUUUGCGAUGAUAUUCUAUCUUCCCCUCUUCCUCGAAGCCCAAGGCUACACCGCCACAAAAAUUGGCCUCCGUCUAAUCCCCGGCUCAAUCGGUACAGCCAUCGCCUCUAUGAUUGCUGGAAUCAUAGUGAGAAGUACUGGGAGGUUCUACAAACUCGGUAUCGCAUCCCAAGUCAUCUAUAUUCUGGGAAUGGCAUUUAUCUGUACAUUUACAUUACGCACAUCUGCUUGGCCACCCUUCGUCUGUUUCUUCAUCAUUAAUGUUGGAUAUGGAAUUACGCUUACUACCACCAUUCUCGCGCUUUUGUCGUCGGUGACAGCGAAAGAUCAGGCGGUAAUUACAUCCGCACUUUUUGCCUUUCGUUCAACUGGAACGGUACUGGGGAUUUCAGCGGCGGGACUCACGUUUCAAAAUGUGUUGGGCAAUUUAUUGUGGGAGAAACUAGGGGGUAUAGACAAUGCAACAGAAUGUAUCCAGCGAAUCAUGGAUGAUUUCAGGGUCGUCAAUGGCCUUGAGGAAGGCCUAAAAGAAUUGGCUUUGCAAGCUUAUAUGGGCGCUGUGAGAGCUGUUUUCUUCUUGAUGUUGGCAUUGGGAGGAUUAGCUUUGGUAUUUACACUGUUAAUUAGGGAUCGAGAAUUGUCCCAGAGAAUGGCACGAUGAGUGGCUACUUAUUUCCCGAACCUGAUUGCAAUAUUGAAUUCAUCUGAAAGUCAACAUUGAAUCAGACACGGAGAGCUCACAUCUAAUCUAUCAGUCUAGAAUAUCAGACAACAAUACCAAUCUAUCCCCGUUUAUGAAAGCUGGGAAAUAUAGAUAUCAACUGUUUAUUACAGCCGGGAAUAGCGGUACACAUUAUUCAAACUCAAGUCUGAACCACAAAUUAUUAAAUCCAUAAAUCUAGAACCCCCUUUGAAAUAUCCAAUAGCAUUCA